AUGACCACAUGUAGGGCACGGUGGCCACGUGGUCUUCGCCACGUGUCCCACGCGUGGCCUCCCCACCGCAGGGUCACCACCAUCCACCUGGGCAAGCACAGCCUCUACAUGCGGGAGUGGGGGGAGGCGCAGAAGAUGGUGCAGAAGUUCAUGCCCCACCCCGGCUACGACCCCACCACCAAGGACAAUGACAUCAUGAUGAUGAAGCUCCUGACACCCGUCGUCCUCACUGACAGGAUCCAGCCCAUCCCCGUGGCCUCCUGCCUCCCGGACCCUGGGACCACCUGCGUCACUUCAGGAUGGGGAGCCACCACCUCCCCAGAAGGUACCUGGUACCCGUGGCCUCUUCUAGAUCCCUGGGUCCUCUCCUGGAGGUCUGAGUCCCUUCCUGGAGGUCUUGGUCUCCUCCUGGAAGCCUGA